UAUAGAUACUAAAGAAAUCAACGAUUUCUACUUGGUGUAUUCACAUAUAAAAAAACAAAUCUAUGUUUAAAAUAUGAUUAUUAUAAUUUUUUAUAUCUUUAUUUAACUUAAAUUUAACAAUGCAGGUAAGAAAAGCUAAAGAGAGUGACAACGAACGGGACAGGAGGACAUCAUAACAACCAGAGCCACACACUAUAGUCUAGUAUAUAGUUGUAUUUUGUUACUAAUGUAGGCAGAAGAUUGGAGAAAUGAAAUGGAAAGAGUGGGGGGAAAGUAAGAAACCACAGAGAGGGACAUGGAGAAAUAUAGUGGUGGGGGUGGACGAGAGAGAGAGAUCAUGUUGACACCUGCACAGAGAGAAGACCGCAAUUCCCUAUGAUGUCACUGGCACUCAGAGGUCCAGUAUAACUGACCAUGCCGCCUUUCCAUUCAGAGCAAAGAUUAAGAUACACACUGUUCCAGAGCGUCCUCUGUCCUGUCCUGUCCUGUCCUGUCCUUGCUGAACACAGAGUUGGAGAUGAGAAGAGGAGAGAGCAUCACAUACUGAAAGGACUGCAGGUGAUUUCAGGAUUCACAGAGAACUUCACAGAGUCGUCCUCUCUUCUUCGGAAAGACCCCUGAUGAUGUGGAAAAAUGCCAUGCUGCUAUUUUGUUAUCUGUUCGUGUCCUUAUCGUGUUCCCCGAUAUAUCCAUCUUUCAGGUUUGGUCAGAGAGACACUUCCAUUGUGCUGACAUCCUCCAUAGAGGAUCCACUGAGACUGUUGGAGGAAGAUGGAGCUCCUUCUACUUCAGUGGAGCUGCGCUCAGGGCGACAUGCAGAUGCGGUCUUCACCAACCGCUACAGAAAGGUUCUGGGACAGAUCUCCGCAAGGAGGUUUCUUCAAACCAUUAUGGGAAAAAGACUACAAAAUGAAAGUGUGGACUUUGUGAAGAGACACCAGUUGGGCAUCUUUAAGAGGACCUAUGAAGAGGGUCACACAACCUUCCACAGACGGGCAUAUAGAGCAGUACAACAGAAGGUGACCAACUCCACAAAGCCUGCCAGCAAUACACACUCAAACACCUGCAUCAACCUCUUUCUUUUGCUUUGACUUUAAGCAUACUUUUGUUUUUAAACCCAAACCAUGUUUCAACAAGACAGCCUUCGUAUCUGAUCUUUGACGUUGAUUAUUAAUAAGUGUGUUGAGAAGGUGUUAAAGGGGACUUAUUAUACCACCAGGUGUGAGU